AUGCUGGAUCUGGCUGCGUGGUCGCGGGGCGCGCUAUAUACCCUUGUGGGCCACGCAGCGGGGGUCACCCGAGCGGUGUCGUCGGCGGCGUCCCACAAGCGACGCCGGCCUGCUGGGCCGGCUCCAGCGGAUUUUUCCGACCACCAAGCGUUUAAGAGGGCAGCUACGCAGGCGGCCUGGGAUGCCCGACGGGGUGCGGCCCAGCAUUUCCUUCAACUUCGGGCCUCGAAUCCAGGCGCCGCGGAGCGAUAUCUGUCUUCCUUCUUUAAUGCGCAAGAUCGGUUUGAAAUCGCUCUCGCUGACCCUGCCACUGGCCAGGCCCUGAGCGCGGAUGCCAUGCUCCAGGUCCUUGCGCAGGACCUGCAAGCGAGGGCGAACAAUGGCUUCCCUCAAGACCCAGCGGCCAUCCUCGCCACUACGCGCGCAGCUUCAGCCGUUCACCAGAGUGGUGCGGCCCGCGCUGGUGCCCAAACCACUAGGGGUCGGCGCCUGUACACCAUGGCUGAGCUGGAUGACGUUUUAGCGUCGUUCAAGGUGACCUCCAGCGCGCUCCGUGGCUGCUACGCCUCCGUUAAGUCUGCCUGCCCGCAGGGCAGGCGCCUCACGUUAGCCCUGGCGAAUCUAUCCAGGUCGUGUGGACUGACCAGCACGUGCUGGUCCGAGAGGCAGUUUACGCCGCUCCAUCAAUCAGGGCCCCGAUUGGUGCGUGCUGUCGCCUGCCUUCGACCCAUCUCGAUCUCCACGGUCAUGUCUGCGGUUGUGGACGCCCUCUGGACACAGCGCAACCGCCCCACGCUCACCCGGUAUUGUGGUGCGGGCCAGCAGGGCGGGGUCGGGAACCCCCUGCUGGUCCUGCUCGCGCUGCUACUCCACGCGCAGCUCCGUGGUGCCCAAGCGCUGCCCACAUACUGGGCGCUCACUGACCUCCAAUGGGCUUUUGACGUAGCUUCGCAUGACGCCCUGCUUCUGUCCUCUUUCCUUGGCGGUGUGGUCAAAGACGAUUGGCUUUUGCUCGACGACUUUAUCCACGUGGACACUCAGUUCGUCACGCCGGGGCCACGCGCCGCGGCGGAACUGGCCGGGUGGGUGAGCGGGGGGCCGACUGAAGCCGACCGCGCCCCCGUGCAUGUCGCACUCCGCACUGACCACCUGCAGCCGCUUCAGUUCUCGGACGACCUGUCCGUUGCGUGGCGGUCCCCCGGUGCUCUCCGUGCCGUCCUCUCCGCCGAGCCGGACUCUGCAUGCAGUCGGUUCGCGCGUGCUGUCCGAGCGGACUUCAACUACGCCUCUGGUAAGAUGGCGGCCACGGCCGUGGUCCCUCUCCGGGUCGAGGCUGCCAUCCUUUACCCCUACCCCUUCGUGCUCUUGGCCCAGCGCGCUGAACACGAAUUGAACAGCAUGCAGGUCGAUAUAGCCCAUGCGCUCUGCGGGUGCCCCGGACAGACUAGGCGGCGCGCGGAGUUGGAGACGCGCGCCCUGCCCCCGGCGCUGUCGCAGGCGGGCGCGUAUAUGCACCAGCUCUUCCGUGACGGGCCGCCGCCCGAACAGAGAUGGCACCACGUGCUCUUCGUGGCGCGCGCCCUGCCUGAGUCGAUCGGCCCGGACGCGUUCUGCCACAGGGAGGCCGCGUGA